GUUCGGUUGGAUUUGCGAUACACGAACACGGAGCGUAGGAAUAAUCUGAUAUUUCGGUGCAUCCCUUGGAAGACCAAUUCGUUGGUCAAUCGAGAUUGAAUCUAUUGGUUGUGUGUGGUCAGUAAUCUGCGAAAAUGUUCAAGGAAGCAUGUGAUCCGUUGAAGCAUACAAGCAUGUAUCAGAGGGCGGAAGAAGACAGUGAGGAUAGCGAUGGAGAAGGAGGACUUGGUAAUGUCAGCCGAGUUAUCAUUAGGCCUCCAGGCCACAGCGGCAAAGCAAAACGAGGCCAUCUCUGCUUCGACGCAGCCUUUGAAACAGGUAACCUCGGCCGAGUGGACCUGGUUGGAGAAUUUGAGUACGACCUGUUUCUCCGUCCCGAUACGUGCAAUCCACGGUAUCGGUUUUGGUUCAACUUCACCGUAGACAACGUCAAACAAGAUCAACGGGUGAUUUUCAACAUCGUUAACAUCAACAAGAAUAGGAACCUUUUCAAGGAUGGGAUGACCCCCUUGGUCAAGUCCAGCAGCCGUCCCAAAUGGCAACGGAUACCACGGUGCGAAGUGUUCUACUACAAGUCGGUUAUCCACCAGAACCACUACGUACUGAGUUUUGCAUUUGGGUUCGACAAGGAAGACGAGGUGUACCAGUUCGCGUUAACGUUCCCGUACUCGUACUCCAAGCUGCAGGCGUACCUGAAUGCGUUGGAAUCUAAGUUUCCGGAAUCGUUCGAGCGGACCACGCUGGGGAUGACUGUGCAAAACCGAAAACUUGAGCUGAUCACAUUUGACGACGUCAAGAAGCCGGAUAAGGUCGACCAGAAGAACAUAAUCCACAUGGUGGUGGUUUUUGCGAGGAUCCAUCCAGGUGAAUCGCCAGCAUCGUACGUUGUGCAGGGACUAAUAGAAUACCUGGCGGCAGCCAAUCAGCCCAUAUCGAAGGCAUUGCGCGAAAAUGUUGUGUUCAAAAUCAUACCGAUGCUCAAUCCGGAUGGGGUGUUCCUGGGCAACAACCGUUGCAACGUGAUCGGGCACGAUCUGAACAGAUCGUGGAACAAGAUGUCACAGUACACCCAUCCGACGCUGGCCGCGGCCAUGAAGAUGCUGAAGGAGUACGACAACUCGAGUUGUUACCAGGUUGACUUUGUGAUAGACAUCCACGCCCAUUCGAGUUUGACGGGGACCUUCAUCUACGGUAGCACCUACGACAAUGUAUACCGAUACGAGCGGCAUCUAGUGUUUCCGAAAUUGUUCGCGUCGAAGUGCGAAGACUUCUGCCAGGAACAUAUGAUGUUCAACGCGGACGAUCGGAAGUCGGGAACUGCCCGAAGGUAUUUCGUCGAGGCGCUUAGUGACAAUGUCAAUACCUAUACGCUGGAGGUGUCCAUGUGCGGAUACUACUUGAACGAUACCAAUGUGUUGACGCAGUAUACCGAAGAUGGAUACAUGCGAAUAGGUCGCAAUUUGGCGCGAACUUUCCUAGAGUACUAUCGCUUUACAAACAUCCUGCCAAUUCCGCCGGUGGACGAGUUGCGACCUCGUAAAGGCCGACCACGGACGCAUCGCCCACGGGCACGAUCCCGCACCCGAAGUGAGGUUCGUCUACGCCCGAAAACCGUCCGCACUUACGCUCCCAUAAGCUAUACGGAUCUAUCGAUCUGCUACGAUACCGACACCUCGAACGAAGGCUCGCCCAUCCGGUACAUGUACUCCAACUACGGAGGCUUUCGGAUGCGCGCGCUCGGACCUCCGGAUCAGUAUUCGCUGUCCAAUAUUCAGACGGCUCGGUUCAGCAAUCUGGACUUUAGCAGUGACUACCGGUUCAAGGUGACGCCCAAGCCCAAAACGGCUCCGGAGCACAAGAUGCCCCCAAUCGAGAUAUUGACCGUUCCGCCAAAGCCCUGCCUUACCAUUAUAGACUUUAAUCAGCUCACGCGCGGUGGCCUGGAUGAAGCCACUUCCGGACGAAAGCUUGAUAGGGAAAAGGAAAAAAUUCGUCGCCACACGUUCAAGAGCAGUUCAAGAAAGGCGUAGAGUUGUUUUUGUUUGACUUAGGAUAUCUUGUUUAUUAUCAAAAUUUAUGAACAUCUCUUACAUUCAACCGUGUUAAACAAUUUUCUACAAGCUUCGUGAAACAUUCUGUCCCACAGAUUAGGACCUGA